CUUCAUCCUCCUCUACCAGAAACAAUUAAUUAUUCUUGUUCACACUCUCGACCACCCCUUAGGUCUACUAGUAAGUUGGGUAUAGUCAUCGAUAUAACAACAUGACGCUAGAAAAUCAAGUCAAUUCCAGACCUCGCUCGCGACAGGUCAGCAGAACGAGACGGUUCUUCGAGACAAUGGCCAUUACAUCAGUGACCUCCUUGGUUGUCGGUACUUUAGAAGACGUCUUUCUUGCAUCAGUGGAUCCUCGCUCAUGGCUUCAUUUUAUAUUAUAUAUCUCUUGUUACACGAUGUUUAAUUUCCUGUACGAGAAGGUUAGGUCUAUGUAGAUAUAUAUGUAUGUGAAAGUUUUA